UGUCGAGCUGCCUCUCGCUUGUGGUGUGUGAAAAAAUGUCGAACGUAAUGACUGUUCAGAACGAGCGAGAGAGAGUAGUGGCGUUUUGUCACUUUGCAUUCAUUAAAUAAACGCAAAGGUUUAGUUUUGUGUGUUUGUUCCAGCGAGAAAACGGAAAACUCCCCUCCCUCACGCGAGUAAAUAAUUUGUCCAGUCAUUGUGGCCGUGAAGAGACUAGAGUGCAUUUCAUUCCACAACGAACGAACGAGAGUUGGUGUGCGUACGGAGCAGGAAGCAGGAAAUUCGUUCCGUCCGUGUCGACGAGAGACUGCCAGAGUGUCCGAGUUUCAGCAAAACAUUCCCAGGCUCAGGGUGCGAUGUGCGUUGGGAGAGGUGCAAUCUGUAGCGAUAUCGAAAUAGUCUGAAGCGCAAUAUUGGAUGCACGGCAAACGCACACAGCACGGCGACAACAACGGUACAACGAAACGAACGAAGGUCGCCCAUCGUGUCGUCAGACAUUUGAGACGCAGACCCAGCGCAGGAAAAGGGUUUUGAGAUCUGCAACCAUCAGCGAACAUCGAACAGUCUGUGCCUGCGUUUUUUAUCGUUAGGGAAGAAAUCGCUUAGCUAGUGCAUCCUUAGUUUCCGGGUGGUGCAACGGUGUCGUGCGAGAACGACCACCACGAUGGCACAGUCCCUCUCGACGGAGUCGUGCUCGUCGCUGAGCACACUGGCGGAAACGGAUACGACCAGCUCGACCGUGGUGGACGACGAGAGUAGCGACAGUAUCGAGCAGAACCGGCCGAAACGCAAUGAGCGCCACGAGAAGCUCGGGUUCAAGCCGCAGAAGGAGCUGUUCUGCAACAAAUUUCUACCCUACACGGAGAAGCUGGACGAUGAGUCACAGGCCAACCUGGAGCGUAUCAAGAACAAUCUCGGCAAGGCGGUGGCAAUGCGCGAGAUGGGCCCCGCAGUUAUGCUGAACAUCCGGAACUUGGUGACAUAUAUUAAACUGUACGGCAUGAAGUUUUCCAAAGAGGAUCACGUGAAGUUCGUACAGCUGCUGCUCGAAAUGCUCGUCAUUCCCAAGCUCGAUCCGGAUGCUAUUAACAAAAUCAGCGAAGCAAUCUUCUUUCUACUACGCAAGCGCGAAUGGCUCAGUACGGAAGAUUUGCAGAUCGAGUGGCGACCGCUGUACGAUCUGUUCCAUCUGGUCGUGUCGCGGCUAAGCAAAAAGGGUGAACUGUUCAACACCACAUCGAAGAACCGAAACGAAAGCACGAAAUCACCGCUGGCACUGUUGCUCGAAGCCGCCGCCGAGGAGAUGGGCUACGAUGUGUCCACCGUGGCCCAGUAUCUCGGUAUCGAGAUGGACGCUAAUGGACAGGAGAAAGCGACCAUGGAGGCCAACCUGCAAUGUGCAAUACAAGUGUGUACACCCUACUUUCCGCCGUCCGCAAUGCAGGAAAUAUUGGACGAGCUGAUGCCGCGGAUACAGCCCCUGGACAAUGGUAGCGGUUGCGAGGUGGUCACCAUACUGAACAUCUUUCUCAACUACGAGCAGGGGUACGAGCUGUGGUUCGACAAGCUGAUGUCGAUCUGGAACGCGUACCACAACCCACCGUGGGCGGGCGACCUGAUGACGAUGUUUGCGGUGGUUGGGCUGAAGAACAUCGGCCACAUCGACUGGGAGCCGCACAUUCCGACCAUGUUUGCGCGCAUCACGCGCGCGAUUAACUUCCCCGUGAACUACCGCAACACGAAGGGGGGCCGGGCGAAUGGGCUGCAGCCGGACGCGAUCGCGACGUGGAUUGUGUCAGCGCUGGGGCCGCGCAGCAGCGCCCAGCAGUACCUGAGCACGUUCAUGUCGACGAUCGAGUCGUACCUGCAUCCGGCCAACACGGGCAAGUGGGUGAAAAUGUUGGGCGAAAUCUUGAUCCUGCUGCCGCGGUUCUUCAUCGAUCGGCUCGUGGUCGAGCGGUAUCGCAAGGGGCACCAUAUCCGGCCGAUACCGAGCGAGCACAAGCUGACCGAGGAGUGCAUUACCGCGUUCGUGGAGUGCAUGAAACCGGUCGCCCUGCAGGCGAUGUAUUCGCGACUGAACCCGCAGGAGGUGGGGAAAAUAUUCCAAUGCUUGGCCGACCUGCGGCCGGCCCUGAUCAUUCCGACCAUUAUCGAGCGCGUGUACACGAGCCUCGAUUCGUUGACGGAGCCGCGCAAGCUGACGGCCGCCCUGCACGGGCUGAUCGGUGUGUCGCGUGCGCUCGUGUCGGGCCACAAGGGCUACACCGAGGGCCGCACGCACGUGAUACCGCUGUUUCUGGCCACCCUGCCCGGGAUCGAUGGUAACGAUCUGAUGAAAACGGUCAUCACGUUCCAGUUCCUGACGUCGGUGGCGUUCCUGAUACCGAUCAUCGAUUGCUCGCAGGCGGGCCAGCACCACACCAACCUGACCGACGACGAGCGGCUGCUGUGCGAGCAGACGGCCGACUUCGAGAGCUUCGCGCUGCAGUAUCUGGACCGGCUGUUCCUGCUGAUCGAGAACAGCUCCACCAACAACGUGCGCAUGGAGCAGUCCGACCUGGACACGGCUCGCUCGAAGGCGGAAUCGCUGCUCGAGCCGAUGGUGCAGACCUGCACGCACGGCAUCAUGGGCCAGUCGUCGGAUAAGAUUGUGGCGGCCGCGGCCAAGAAGCUGAUGGAGUUCGUCCAGACGCGCCUGUUCGAGCAGAACGUGGCCGGCCAGCUGGUCGGUUGUCUGGUGCGCCUGUUCGCCCGCAUCCACGGCAGGGAGGUGUUGCGCGUGCUGCUGCCGCACGUGCUGCGCCUGAUCGAGGACUACAUGGGCGAGCACGACGAGGUAGAGGAGCUGGAGAAGCACAACGACGAGAUGCUGUACUAUCUGGUGCUGCUGUCCAACCUGGUGCGGGGCGAUCCGCGCAUCAUACGCAACUACGUGGACGAUCUGCUGCCGACGCUGGACCGGCUGGCCAAGUUUAAGUGCAAGCGCGUCGCGCGCUAUCUGGCCCAGAUCGUUGGCAAUCUGAUGAACAACAUGUCCACGGUGCAGACGAUGGACAUUCGCAACAGCCCGGACUGCUUCCAGAAACCGCUGUCGGAGAUUGUGCCGGUGAAGCGGUGGGGCGAAAAGAUGGCCCCGGACGGUAAGAUCGAGUGGCGCGUCCCGGACGAGGGCGCUCGGGCGGUCUGUGAGCGCAUUAUGCAUCGCUACCUGCCCGGGCUGCUGGCCAAGCUCGAGCAGCACAGUGCCGGGGAGGUGACGUUGCCGCGGGAAGAGCUGCACCGGAGCGUUAUGAUGGUGCAGGCGCUCAUUCGCUGCUACAACUUUCUGCCCAACUGGACGGACGAGGAACCGAUGAAGCUGUUCGAGACGUGCGUCGAUUUGCGCGAGCUGCAGCUGAACGUGACGCUCGGGUUCGAGGGGCUGGAAAUCCGCAUGCCGGGCGGGGAGAACGUGCGCAAGGCGAUCAUACGCACGAUUGCGCGGCUGCAGGACCGCCUGCUGGAGGUGUCGGAGGACGACACGCAGACGCUGAAAGCGAUCGUCACGCUGUACGAGAAGGUGCUGCUGCGCAAGCACCCGAACGGGUCGUACGAGAUGCAGCUGAAAACGUUCAACUCGACCAAGCGCUUCCAGACGUACCAGCUGACGCGCUGCAAGCGGGACGUCCGGGCGGUGGUGGUGACGCGCGUCAUCAUACAGCAGGACUGCCGGGACGAGAUGAGCCUGCCGCUGUUCAGCGCCACCCAUCUGGAGGUGAUGAAGAAGCUGCUCGAGCUGUCCGUCUCCUACUACUCGACCGUGCGGAUCGAGGCGCAGGCCAAGCUGCACGACAUGCUGUACCUGUUCCCGUACGCCUACCCGUUGCUGACCGAUCGCAUCGUGGAGUGUUUGCAGCUGGACGCCAACACGAACCACGAGCGGUUCAAGGGCAUCCUGUGCCUGCUGUUCAUCAAGCGCCGCGGUCGGCUGAUAUCGCAGAACAACUGGGAGUAUCUGGCCCGCGUAUGGCCGGCGCUGCUGCGCUCCAAGUUGUCGGAGAAACCGUCGAUCGUGAAGCUGGUGGACGGGCUGAAGAAGAUGAUCGACGGCCAGUCACCGACCUACCUGCUGGAGGUGGACAUUGGCGAGAAGGUGGUGGAGCGUGCCCUCGCCCUGCGUACCCGUGUCGAUGAGCUCGAUCUGGCGGCCGGGCAGGCGGCCAGGGCGCGUGAAAACAAACGCAACAUGGAGCUGUUCCAGCAGCUGAUUGCGGACAUUGUGCAGACGGUCGAAACGAGCAAGCUGCACCUGCGCUACCACUAUCUUGCCUCGGUCAUGCUGAUCAACUUGUGUCACCCGUACGCCGAACAUCCGCCGUCGGUAACGCGGCUCACCGUGCACCACCUCAUACACGACUCGGUGACCGAGCGCAAGCUGGCCAUUCAGCUGCUGCUGGGCAUAUUCCGGCAGCAGAAGCGCCCGCAGAAGAAGUGCGUCAUGAACCCGCUCGAAAUAGUCGCCCGACUGGCCGGGCAGGAUGGCGGCUCGGUUCCGCCCAACCCGGGCUCGAACGUAGCGCCCGGCUAUCGGGACGACAACAUGUGGCUCCAGUACGACGUGGCGCGGGUGCCGAAAAGUCAGGCCGAGUGGGACGAACCGCGCUACAUGUACACGGUCGAGGGGUGCUUCGGCUGGACGCAGGGCUUCAAGAUGUACGCGCCGAGCGCGGAGCAGCCGAAGCUGGACCGCACGGUGGACGAGCUGAGCGAGCACGAGCGUACCAUUUUUGAGUUUUUCGACCAGCAGGAAAACGUCGACACGCUGAUGCGCUUCUGGUCGCUGGAGGAGAAGAAGGGCCGGGACGAGUUCAGCGGGUCGCGCAUGCUGAUGAUCAAGAUGCUGUUUAAGCUGUUCGGCGACCGGCUGCUGGAUCGGUUCCUGUGCCAUAUGAAGCGGCUGAUCGAGGACAAGGCGACCGAAAGCAACCACCGGUGCGCGGUCGAGGUGAUGACGGGCAUAAUGCGCGGCGCCAAGCACUGGCCGUACGAGAAGACGCGCAGCAUGUACGAGCGGCUGGUGCCGCUGAUCCGGCUCGGCAUGCAGAACGUCACGGUCGACACGGACAUGUACUGGGGCAUGUGUUUCGCGACCGCGGCCCAAUCGAUGGACCCGUCCAAGCAGCACUGGCUGCACGAGGUGCUGCUGGAGGAUCCGCUGCAGGAUGCGAACAGCUUCAGCGACUGCAACCGGCUGUACUGUCUGCAGGGCGCGUUCAACCAGCACGUCUGGCGCAUGGCGAGCGUUGCGCACCGGCUGCUGGACUACCUGAAGCCGCACCUGGACCACCCGUUCCAGAGCUUGCGAGAGCGGUUGGGCAACACGCUGAUCAACAUCUUUGAGGGCGAUCUGCGCUUCGAGGGGUAUGAGUGUAGGGCGAUCUCCCCGCAGCGCAGCGAGAUGAUUGCGUACGUGAUGCCAAAGCUUGCCAUCCUGCUGCAGAAGGAUCCGGAACCGCCGAAACCGAAGCUAGCGGCGGCGGGUGAGAUGCAAAUGGAGGUGGAAGGAGGUACGCCCGACGAGGACAGCGAGUAUGUGAAAGCGGUACGACUGUUUAAGACGAUUGCCCACUGGAUCACGUACACCAUCCAUCGGUACUCGAACGGCAACGAGAAGGAGUACUUCGAGCUGCUGCCGAUCGCGUGCCGGCUGGAGCGUUCCGAGCAGGACCAGGAGCUGAGCGAAAUCUGCACACUGCUGCUGGCCUUCAUCUCCCAGGCGCUGACACUGCCCAACUGCAUGGACGUGGCGCUGGCCAAGAUCGACGAGGUGUCGAAGAUGUCGUUCUGGUCGGCCCGGCGUGCCGUGAUCGAUGUGCUGCAGGUGCAGGUCUUCUACAACAUGACCAUCAUCCUGAGCCGGCCCGAAUGGAAGGCGAAGGUGCAGGAGAUUGUGCUGCGGCUGCUGGAGGACAGUGUGGUGGAGGUGCGCGAGAAGGCGGCCGAGGUGCUGUGCGGGCUGGUGCACUGUUCCUUCCUCACUGCGACCGAGGAGCUGCUCGAGCUGUUCAAGCGCAAAUGUCGCACGAAAAUUAUCCGCUCCAAGCGCAUCCGGGUCGAGGCGGCGAGCUGUUCGAGCGAGGUGGCCCGAAAUGAAAAUGCGGAAGCGAAUGCCGUCCUGGCUCGGCAUACCGGUGUCCUCGGACUGUGUGCCUUCAUAUCCGCCUACCCGUACGAAGUGCCUGAGUUUGUGCCGAACGUGUUCGAGCAUCUCGGUGCCCAUCUGAACGAUCCGCAACCAAUACCGGCUACCAUUCGGAAAACGAUGGGCGAUUUCAAGCGCACCCAUCACGACAACUGGGAAGUGCAUCAGCUCAAGUUCACCGAGGAUCAGCUGGCGGUGCUGAGCGAUCUUACGAUUCCUCCGUCGUAUUACGCCUAAAUCGUAAGCACCGCAAAGCUGAGCUUCUGCACUGAACCGCAGAGACGGUUUAUUAUAGGCUUAUAGGUUAUAAAGCGUUACUAUUUCGUAUCGUAGUUUUAGAACUGCCCGCAAAAUCACGCGAGGGAACGACAAUGACCAUGGGAGGUGGUAUUCAAAUUAGUUCUAUACGUUAUUUUCUUUCUAAUGCCUUUCUAAUGCCGAACAUUAGUAGCAGCAGCAGCAGCAGCACACGCCCAGCCAGAUGGGAAUGGCCAGCUGCACAGAAUGUAGGCGAUUUUCCGUCGCCUAAGACACACGUGCUUAUCGCACAAAAAAAAAUAAUAGAAACCGAAACACAGUUCCGUGGAAGGCUGUGUGGGUGGGUGUGUGUGUAUGUGGUUUGUAGAAAAAAGAAGGUGGCAACGGGAUUAGGUCAGCUGACUAUAAACGAUUAUAUAAAGGGAUAAGGUUUAGGCACGGUUACAGAACAACGGUUACGCAUCGUUUUUAGGUUGUGUAUUCAUUAAGCUCGCACGCGUUAUUAGCGUUACACUGUGGCAUUCUAGCGCGACAGCGCGCCAAGACAUUGAUGGUGGUGAUGGAGAAUAAUGCUUUACGGGCACAGGGGACGAGGGGGGCGCAUUCAAUAAAACGGAAGCCAAUCGUAUAUUGGGAGUGAUUUCAACGUAAA